AUGACCGACUACGCUAGCUUCAAAGUCCCCGAGCUCAAGAAGCUCCUCACGGACAGAAAGCUCGCCACCACCGGCAACAAGGCCGACUUGGUUGCUCGUCUACAAGAAAACGACCAAGCCGCUGCCGCUGCUCCUGCUGCUGCCGAGUCCAAGCCUGAAACCAAGGAAGACGAAAUCGACUUUGAGGACGACGACGCCGCAAAACCUACCGAACCCGCGCCUGCUGCCGCUGCCCCCGCUGCCGCAGCUCCGGCUCCUGCUGCUGCUGCUGCUACCGAAGCUGAGGCUCCCAAGGCGGAUGCUGAAGCCCCGAAGGAGGCUGCUCCCCUCUUCACUCUCGGUCUUUCGUCAACUGCUGCCGAUGACGAAGCCCGCCGUCGUGCUGAGAGAGCCAAGCGCUUUGGCAUUGAGGAGGACGACGAGGCCAAGAAGCUUGCUGAGCGCGCCUCGCGCUUCGGCAUUGAUGAGAAGGAUCUAGCCAAGGGUCUCGACUCUGCCUUGCCUGAGCGUUCCCUUAAGCGUGGCCGCGGACGUGGUCCUGAGGACGGAAACCGACCCGGUAAGCGCCAGAGCCACGAUCGCAGGGGCGAUGGCCGCCGCGGUGAUGGUCGCAAGGGUGGUGACCGAAACCAAAACAACCGCAACCAAGGCGGUGCACCCAAGGUUGCAAGCAUCAUGGAUGAUCCUGCUGAAAAGGCCAAGGCUGCUGCCCGUGCUGCCCGCUUUGCCACCGCCUAA